AUGGGGGAGGAUGGGGCAGCCUCUGGGGUCGUAACUACAUCCAAGGGGUCGAAGAAACAUUGGGUAAUUGUAGCUGACGGCAGAGCAUCGUCGACAGACAAUCUUAUAGCUGACAAAGAAUGUAAUGCAAACAAUUUUGAGUUCUUUGUAUCUUCUGUUUACGCUCCUAAUGAUCGAAAAGAAAGGCGUAUUCUUUGGAGGGAAAUAGGAGAAGUGUUGGGAAUUUGGGAUAUUCCGGGGUGUCUUGGUGGCGACUGGAAUGUAAUAUCAACUCUUGAAGAAAAAAAUAGACAGGGAACUCUAUCUCGUGCUAUGCGGAAUUUCAACCAGUUCAUGUCAGAUUUUAACCUUGUUGAUUUACCAUUAUGUGGGGCAAAGUACACUUGGUCUAAUUUUCAGGACCCUCCUACUUGCACUCGGAUCGAUAGAUUCUUGCUGAACUCAAAGUGGGACAACUACUUCCCAGGUUCUAAUCAAAUUGCAAAGCCGAGGCCUGUGUCAGAUCAUAUUCCUCUCUUAUUAUCUACGGAAAUGGGCGACAGUGGUCCAAGGCCGAAAAAGUUCGAGCUAAUGUGGCUGGAGGAUGAAGAACUUCCAAAUUUGAUGAAGGAAUGGUGGGAAAAUCUUAAUUUUAUGGGUAAUCCAGGGUUCAGAUUUUGCAAAAAACUAAUGGCUAUUAAAGAUCUUUUGAACACUUGGAACAAAGAAAUUUUUGGGAGGGUGGAUCAGGUUAUGCAAGAAUUGUUAGUAAAAAUUAAAAACUUGGAUGACAAGGACGCGGAGGGUACAACAACAACAGAGGACAGGAUUUUGAGAGUAAAUUUGAAUUCUGAUUAUUGUGGGUGGGCUUUACUGGAAGAUAAAAGAAAGAAGAAAAAAGCUAAAGAUCAUUGGCUUCAAGAUGGAGACAAAAAUUCAAGUUAUUUUCAUAAAUUUGCAAAUGGAAGAAGAAGACUAAAUCACAUAGGGUGCUUAAAAGUGGAUGGUGAGUUAACACAGGACAAGCGGAGAAUAUCACAUCACUUGAAACAUUUCUAUGAGGAGUUGUACAAGGAAGAAGAUCAUAAUAGACCUUUCAUGGAGGAAUUGUAG